UAUGUCGCUCAACCUUUCCUGGCCAGCCACGACUAUGCGUGCAGUCGUUUACCAUGGCACGCCUUUCGAAAUGAUGGUUUAGGAUGUUGCCAAGCCAACAAUUCUGAACGAGACGGAUGUUGUUGUGCGGGUGACCGCUUCAGCGAUGUGCGGAUCCGACCUGCAUAUCUAUCGCGGCUACAUGGGCGGUGCCCCGCCAUGGACAAUGGGCCACGAGGCUGUUGGCUACAUCUCGGAAAUCGGCGACGCCGUGUCCUCCUUCGCCGUCGGGGACUACGUCAUUGUUCC